GACUUUAUAGAACAUUGGCAAGGAAUAAGUUACUAAUAUUAACGAGCUCCGAGAGCCCCCUAGUGGUCGGGAGCAUUUCCGUUGUGCUGUGGCUUUAUUUCGUUGUGUUGUGGCUUGUUUCCGUUGUGUUGUAGCUCGAUUUCGUUGUGUUGUGAACUUAUGUUUGCUUUUUUAAUUUCGUUGUGUUGUGCACUACUGGGCCACCGUACCCGACAACUCCUAAAAGGUGCUUUGGUGGAAACUGCUUACCAUGAGCAUGCGCAGAUCGCGCACCAGCUGAUGCAGCAACACCUCUAAGCGAAAUGUCGAUGCGCCUCUAAUUAAUGGACACUUACACCGAUCUCUGUCAAUCAUUCGGUGUGCCCCUCUGGGUGGGGCCGUUGCUCCACGCGGCCUCCAGGCUGAAGAAGAAGACAGACCGGAUGAAACGAAGAAAAGUGUACCGUUUAAUCCAGCGUCACUUACUGAACAACAGGGUCGGCUGCAGCACGAGUGGCAACCCCACUUAUGUGUACCCAACUGAGCUCAAAGAGAUGGUCCGAUCAGCCUUUCCAAAGGGCAUCUGUGACUAUGUCGACCCCUGUCACAAAAAUGUUGUUGCCAUCACGAUGGAUGACUUGAAAAUGAUGGAGUUCUCUUCUGGGAUGGAUCAACCAGUUAAACUGCAGUUGCAUAUCUAAAUGGUUCAAAAUUUCCAGCCUUGAUCUGCUGGACACCAUGACAACGUACACAACCUACACGAACACCUCAGCAGCGGAGUAAUAUUUCUAUUACUGACUGUUUAACACAAGGUAUAGCCUACAUAAUUCAAGAUCUCUUUCUGUGGCUUUUCUUCCACAAGUGCUGUGUUUCAAACUUUAGAAAAUGCCUCCAGAAGGGAAAUCUGACAUGGAGCGGAUUGGCAUCUUUAAAGAGAUGGGAUAUAUCUCAAUAGGGGACAAAUAUACACCUUUCAUUUACCGCCCAUUUAAUGACUCCGCAUACAAGAACAAACAGAUGCUAAUAGGAGGAGCUAAAUCAAAGUCCGCUCUUCAGACGGGAUACUUCGACACACAGUUUAAGAGGAUCUUUGAGAGAGAGGCCUUCACAGACCCUGUCAAAAUAGACAGACAAUACAGGAUACAACAGGCCAAGAAGAACAUAGGCAAAGCCUUUCUUCCCAGUAACGGAGAGAAAAAAACAUGUGGGGUCGGCAGCUAUUAUGGGACAUUUGGAGGUCCCAUUCAAGCAAUGAGUACCCUACAGACUCCAAGGAAACCAAACAAAUCAGCUGGGAAAAACUUCUACACUAAUCCACCCAAGAAAGGAAGUUAUGGCUAUCCUGACAUCACUCUCUCCAAGAUGGUGUCCUAUUCCUCAGACCCCUAUGAUCGAGCCAAGGAAAUGCUAAAGCGUGAGAUCAUGUCACACAAAUCCAUGCUGAAAGGGGGAGCGUUUCGUUUGAACCUUCAUCCAAAUGAAUGCUUUGACAGCAAUCCUUACAAAUUUGACAAACCUCUGCCACCUCCAAAGAAGACUGAGGAGAAAAAGCACUUUACGGUGCCCUUCAAACCGAGUUCACCCAGUAAAAAGACUGGAGGUAUGAAAGCAGGAACAUUUGACACCUACCCCGGCUACUCUGCAGAACCCUAUGGCCCCAAAAAGACUAAAUCAGUGAUGACGAAUAAGGAAGGAAAGAUAUUUCACCCCUCCCCUGGUCCAAAGAGUACACCUGUCAAAAGCAUCAUCAGCCUCAAUGUCAAUAAGGCUGUGAAUGCCACAAACUACAAUCGAAUCCCCUCUGUGAUGGCAUAUUGAGAACGUGUGAUGUCUUCAGGUGAAUAAAUGAACAUGUUAUAUAUUGGGCUUUAGAUUAAAAAGCUCCUAUUUUGUAUUGUAUUUACAGCAAUCUCUUAAUUCAUAAAAUGGAUUCACAUUUAGCUCAUUCUAAUUACUACCCCAGGAUAAAUACUUGUUUUCAUAGCAUCUAAAGAUGUGUAAUUGUAGAAGUCAACUUUAAGUCCUGUGCAUCAUUUUGUCAGUGAUACACUAAGCCAUGUGUUUAAGAUCACUUGAGUUAUUAAACAAUAAAAUGUAUAUUUUGUAUUUAACCAGCAAAGAUUUGGACAAUUCAUCUAUUUCAGCAUUUAUUUCAUUUAUUUUUUAUUGUAUAUGGUUUAGACAAAUAAUUGUAAAUGCACCUAUAAUUUUGUGACAUAAUAAACUUUUUGUCUUAUUUGUUAUCAAAGGUGGCCUUAAAGGGAUAAUUGAGGAAAUUACAGAAUUAUCAUUUGUAAGUGAACUGUACCUUUAAGUUCAUUUAGAAACACCAGAAUUGAAGAAAGUAAAAGCAGCACAAGGAAUAUUCAUAGAAAUGUUGGUUUUCAGAUAAACAAAAAGUAAAAAAAAGUUUUGUACUGGGAAACAGAUUGCAUUGAAUUGCUUUUUUUUUCUACCUCUUACACAGUUUGUGCAUAUUACCAAAUACCUUGUACAUAGAUGGUGGCAUAUUUGAAUUAAAAGCAAAAUUACCUGCAUGUUUUAAUAAUAACCGAAACCUUGUAUAAUUACUUUAUGUUCAAAUUGCGGAUUUUAUCUG